AUGAUAUUUUCGAAACACUCAUUAUUCAUCCUCGUUUACUCGCCAAAUUAUACAAUCAAAGAAUCUAUGGUGAAUUCGAAUGUCUCUUAUUCUCUGCGGCAAUGUCAUAACCAUCUUUCAUCUCAAAUGGAAGAGCAGCAGAUCAUCACAGUUUUGUCAAGGGUCAUUGAAGCAGGAAAUUAUCAAUUUGUAGCAAAGAUUAUGAUGGAGUCUCCAUUAAGUAUCGAGUUUAAACAAUUCAGACCUUUUGCUAGAGAAGAGAUUUCAGAAGCAAUAUUUAAAGUAUAUUUUCAAUUGCGCUCAAAAGAAAAGGAAGAAAAGGAUUGUAAACAACUUGCAGAUUUAUUUUUAAAUAUUAUUCCAAAGGAACAUCAAUCUCCAAUUAUCUAUUAUUCAUCUAGUUUGGAUGAUGUCGAAUUUUAUGAAUUGUGGUAUGGAUUAUUUGGUGACUGGAAUCCUUAUUGGUUGUACCAGACACAUACUAGAGAAUUUUUGAUCUCUUCAAAUCAAUGCAAUUGA